AUGUCUUUGCCGAUAGAGCCAGAAUUGAAUUCCAGUAAAGCUAAGUACGAACUCAGCGAUAUUUACCUUAGUACUAGAGAAGAGUCUGUAGGAAAACAAGCACGACACAUCAUGUAUAAUGAAGAAGCUAUGCAAAGGCCAAAAAGCCUUAGUGGAAGAGUACAAAGAAAAAUGGAAAAUUUUAGGCAUUAUGUCGGACGAUCCUGUUGUUCCUGCGUUGAGAAGAUGCCUGCAAUUGUGUUAGUGAUUGUUGCUUGCCUUAUUUUCGCCUUACUCCUCGCCCUAAUCCCAGCUGUUUUCAUUUUAACUAAUGCCGCUUCCAGCGAAGCCUUAGCUCAAACUGGAGAGUUUGAAAUGAAUGGUUUGCGAAAAGGAUUUGGACUUCCAAAGAUUGAUGCUGAUGAUGAUAGCGAACUAUAUAUCCAUGGCUUCUCUAUACAUGAUGUUUUUCCUGUGAAUGUCUCGAUUUGUCCUGGUUUUGGAUUCAGUUGCACUUCUGAACCGCAUAUUGUGAUCGCAACUCAUAGACGUUGUGAUGGAAUUAACGACUGCAAUGAUGCUUCGGACGAAGAGAACUGCAAUGACUGCCGAACUUCAUUCUCUUGUGCAAUGAACCCUAAAUCGACCGUUUCCAACCUUAAAAUUUGUAUUCGACCCAAUCAGCUGUGCGACGGUGCUAGCCAUUGCCCUGAUCGUAGUGAUGAGACGAGAUACUGUGAAAGAGAAUGCGAAGAUCAUGAGAUUUCUUGCCCAUCGUACAGUGGAAAGGAUAUGUGUAUCCCUAUCUCGUAUAGAUGUGAUGGUGUGAAAGAUUGUGCAAAUGGAGCUGAUGAGGAAGACUGUACAUCGUGCGAAAGAGGGGCUCAUAUGUGUAAAGAUUCCGGAAAGUGUAUUGAUCCACGAUUCAUUUGUGAUGGAAAUGUGCAGUGCAAAGACGGAUCCGACGAAGAGGGAUGUGACUGUUUGGCAUGCAGUGGCUCAAACAAAGCUCUGUGUAAUGAUGGCACUUGCAUUAACCGAGAAAAAGUCUGUAAUGGAAAUAAUGAUUGCGGUGACGGAAUCGAUGAGAAAAACUGUGGAGGAACUUGCCAAUUCGAGGAAUCGCCUGAAAACACUGUUCUCUGUCACGACGGCAAAGCUCAUACUAUUUCUGAUGUUUGUUCCGGCAGAUUACCCCAAUGUCUUCAAAACUGUCCUGAUUGCGAGGGAAGCCCUGCUCUUUUCCAAUGCCCUCAUGGAGACUGUAUUCAGCGCCAAAAGGUUUGCGACGGAAAAAAAGAUUGUCAAGGAGGAGAAGACGAAGAGAACUGUGAAUGCGAGGAAGACUCGUUUAUGUGCAAAAAAGGUACAAAAUGUAUCGAUAUGACUCGUCGUUGCGAUGGAGUUCAGGACUGUUCUGACAAUUCUGACGAAAUGGGAUGUGAGAGUUGCCCUGAACACUCAUUCCGCUGCGAUCACUACAAUUCUUGCCUUCCCAACGUGGCUCGUUGUGAUGGAGUUCCUGACUGCCCUGAUGGAUCUGAUGAGAUUGAUUGUUCAUGCUACGAAUGCACUGGAAAACAUUCUCAGAACUACAUGUGCGAAGAAUCAAAAAGGUGCAUCAGACGCGAUGAAGUAUGUGCCCCAUACUCGGUUUGUCCGAACGCAACUAUUGCUGACAGACGUUACUGUGCCGAUAGAGCUUUGAAAGAUAACUCAAACUAA